UACAAAGAUUACUGUCUCAAUUUAAAGUCGUUUUCAUGAUAAUUGUGUUUUGUUUUUUUUGUUUUUUUACCUUAUUCACCAGCUUUUUUUUCAGUCAAGACUCACUUAAACCAAACUUCAUACUAUUUUCUGAUUUAUACAGCCAGGAGCAGUUUAAUAUGAGAUACUGCAAAACUUUUACUCAAGUAUUACUUUAAUAAGUGACUUUCACUUUUAUCAUAGUAACAUUUCAACAGGAUAUCAUGAUGACUUUUGGGUGCUUCAUACAACACUGUCACUACGCAAUGCUAUUUAAGUGAAAGACGUUUUUCCACCACUGGUAAUAUCACAAAAGUUAUUAUUAUUAUUAUUAUUAUAUAAGUGUAAAUUCAUAUAAAAGAAGUCAGAAAUGUUUUUUUGCUCAUAUAAAAACACGACCCAGAUUUCUUUCUACUAUAACUGUGAGCAGGAAAACAAAGUAUGUCGACACACUUAUACCAGCUGAGGCCAAAAACAAUUUAAAAACAUAACUUUCCAACAUAUUAUGUCAUAAAAACAGAAGAUUUCACAACCAGGAGCGGAGGGCAGAAACAAGAAGUACGCAAACGGAACUCCGCUCCGAACCAAUGGCUAACGAGAGAUUUUAUCUGUGGGUGUGACGGACAAACUCAACCGGCCAAUGAGAAAGCCGUAACCGUGUGAACCUGUGGAAGUGGCAGACGCGCGGGCCAAUCAGAACGCUCCCUCGAAGUGCAGCCCGUGAUGAGCGUGAAGGGUGCGCGCGCUGGCCGGGCGCGCGCAGAAAGCAGCUACGCAGGAGUGAGAGGGGCAGAAGCCGAAUGGUGGAGCUGAAGAUGGCGGAUGGAGACAGCGGGAGUGAGCGCGGUGGCAGCAGCGGGGGAGGAGGUGGAGGCGGCUUCCAGCACUUCCAGAGGGACCAGGAGACCCAGGAGCUGGCGUCCAAGAGGCUUGACAUCCAGAACAAGCGCUUCUACCUGGACGUCAAGCAGAACAGCAAGGGCAGGUUCAUCAAGAUCGCCGAGGUAGGGGCCGGGGGCUCCAAAAGUCGCUUGACCCUCUCUCUGUCAGUGGCGGCGGAGUUCCGUGACUACCUCGGGGAUUUCAUCGAGCACUACGCCCAGCUGGGGCCUAGCAGUCCGGAGCAGAUAGCCCAGGCCAGCGUGGGUGAGGACGGCGGGCCCAGGCGAGCUCUCAAGAGCGAGUUUCUCGUCCGGGAAAACCGCAAGUACUACCUGGACUUGAAGGAGAACCAGCGGGGGAGGUUCCUGCGGAUCCGGCAGACCGUAAACCGUGGACCUGGCUUCGGAGUUGGGGGCCCUGUGGGCGGCAUGCUGGCCGGCCAGACCAUAGCCCUUCCGGCGCAGGGGUUGAUAGAGUUUAGAGACGCCCUUGCUAAGCUCAUAGAUGAUUACGGGGGAGACGACGAGGAGCUGGCCGGGGGCAUGGCCGCCGGGGGCUACAGCGAGCUCCCCGAGGGCACCUCCAUCAUGGUGGACUCCAAACGGUUCUUUUUCGACGUCGGGUCCAACAAAUACGGAGUGUUCCUGCGGGUGAGCGAGGUGAAGCCCAGCUACAGGAACUCUAUCACCAUCCCGUUCAAAGCCUGGGGCAAGUUCGGAGGAGCUUUCAGCAGAUACGCCGAGGAGAUGAAGGAGAUCCAGGAGAGGCAGAGGGAUAAAAUGUACGAGAGGAGAGAUGAGUCCGAGGGGGACGAAGCGGAGGACGACUGAGGGAGAGAAGCGACACGGGGGAAGGAAAAAAAAACAAAAAACAAGUUGUUAGUCCAGCUACAUGACAGAUCUGCAGUGUAGGGGUAUUGUGAAAAAAAAAGACAAGAUAAAGUGCAUGACAAAUCGUGCUGUAAUAGCCUACUAAAGUAUCGUGGCGUUAAAAAAAAAAAGUACAUGUGCAGGGAUUUAUUGGUGUAUUAUCCUAAAAAAAAAAAAAAAAAGAAGUUUGUAGGGUUGAGGGUUGGAGUGGUUGUGUGAAUCUCUGAAAGUGGAGUAAAUGUGUAAAAAAGAAAAUGAGAUGAACCUCAUUGGCUGAAAAAAAAAGAGUAAUGCUUUAUUGUAAAAAACAAAAAUUUAAAAAAGAGGAGAGAGAGAGAGAGAGAGAGAGAGAAUACUAAAACCAGCAGAUUGGUUUUUUUUACAAAGCCAAUGAAUGCUUUCCUAUCUGCAACAUAGUUUAUAUUUAAAAAAAACAAAAAACAAAAACAAAUAAGAGUGAGGAGUCAACCUGUUUAAGAUGUUUUCCUUGCUCGGUUUAAGGAGAGAGAAGUUUUAUCGCAUCCAUUGUAUUCCUGUUCCAGUCCAGGUCUCCUCAGAGGGCAGUUGUUGUUUUUUUUGUUUGUUUUUUAUUGCAAGUCGGUCAGAUGAACCCUGAGAGGAAUGUAUAGAAAGCUGCUGGAGGUUUUGUGCAUUAGAUGUAUGUGAGCAGGUGGAGAGCUGUCAAACACACACAGCAGCAGCAGCAGCAGCAGCAGCUGGCAGUUAAUCUAUAAGAUUACCCAAAAUGUAAGGGGAAGUUACUGAGAGGAUUAUUUUUAAGCCCAGACAACAAGGGCCUAAACUAAAGCUUUUGACUCCAGUAGUCAUUUACAGUGAGGAUCAGCUGGGUUUUAUGUUAUACAUACGAUCUUGGCAAAAAAAUUCAUAGUUUUAAGUCCGAUUCAGGAAGAGGGAAAGCAGUGUGUCUCCUCACGCCAGAGCAUCCCUGGUGUUCGAGAUCAACCGCUUUGAGAAGAAGCGUCACCAGGGACGACACACGCAGAUGUAAACGGGACUUUUUUAUCGAUGCUCAUUCGCUCCCACGAGCCGCCACAAGGGUCCAAAUAUCUGGGAGCGCAGCAUCAGACGCAGCAGAGCUUCUCUGCAGGACUGCAGAGCGGCGUCGGCGAUGAGUUUUGUACCACCAGCCUCUCUCGUCGUGGUCAGAACCACGGGCCGCUGUUUUUCUGACCCAACAUCGUCCAACACGUGAAGACCCUGGACAGAAACACACUGAUGGAUGUUUCUUUUUGCUUUCUUUUGUGUUGUUUUCAAAAAGAGAACUAUAUUGAAAUGAGAUUCUACUUAUAGGAAAAAUAUUAACUGAACAAACCAGCAAAAGAUAUUUUGAAAUACUUAUGGAAAAAAAAAAUGUAUAAUGUAAAGGAAUUUCAAGACUAAAACAAAAAAAAAGGUUAAUUUCUUAAAACAAAGUUGUGACUCAAACCUCCAGAUUAUUUUUCAUUUUGAGUGAAAGUAUAACACUUCCUUAAUUAAAACAGCUUUAAAUGCAAUAACCAUGUUGUGACUGUAUAUUUUUAACUCCCUGUUUUCAUAAAGAUAAUCUAUUCACUCUGAA